UUCUUCCGUCCAGUAAUAUAACCCCCUCUACAGGCCGGUGCCUUCAGGAAGGAGUCCUCCUUUCUUUUUUUUUUUAUCCGGAGGAUCUGACGGAUUUUCUUUUUCCCCUUUCCCUAUCGAAAAGCGUAACGCUGUGUGGCUUCCCCCCCUUUUUCUUACGCCAUGGCCGACGCAGAGCAGCAGUUCAUGGAGACGGCGGAGAACGGAUACGAGGACGAGGAGAACGGAGCAGAAGGAUGCUACGGCGGUGAGGACGGCGGCGAGAGCGCGGCGCUGCAGGCCGAAGCGGGAGCUGAGGAAAACAACGGAGCCGGAGACGGCACUCAGGAUGGAGACGGCGGCCGGAUAGAAGCCAGUAAAAGCGAAGAAGAUGCAGGGAAAAUGUUUGUUGGGGGACUCAGCUGGGAUACUAGUAAAAAGGAUCUCAAAGAUUACUUCUCUAAAUUUGGUGAGGUGACUGACUGCACCAUUAAAAUGGACCCAAACACUGGACGAUCAAGAGGAUUUGGGUUCAUUCUGUUCAAAGAAUCUGCAGGUGUAGAAAAAGUGCUAGCACAAAAGGAACACAGGCUGGACGGGCGGCAGAUCGACCCCAAGAAAGCCAUGGCUAUGAAGAAGGAGCCGGUCAAAAAAAUCUUUGUCGGUGGCCUGAACCCGGAAACGACAGAAGAAAAGAUCCGCGAGUAUUUCGGUGCCUUCGGAGAGAUUGAGACCAUCGAGCUUCCGAUGGAUCCAAAGACGAAUAAAAGGAGAGGCUUCGUCUUCAUAACCUUUAAGGAGGAAGACUCAGUCAAGAAAAUCAUGGAGAAGAAAUUUCACAAUGUCAGUGGAACCAAGGACGCAAAUGGCAAAGAGAGCCUGGUGAGUUUGUGGUUCAGCACUGAAAGUGAUUUAAUGCUUGGAUGGGUUGAGCUGUGUCUUGGAUGGGUUGACUUGAGCAUUUUGUCCUCCUGCCAGUGUGAAAUCAAGAUUGCACAGCCGAAGGAGGUGUAUCAGCAGCAGCAGUAUGGUGGACGUUUCGGAGGUGGGGGCAGAGGCAGGGGGCGCGGAGGCCAGGGUCAAAACUGGAACCAGGGUCAAAAUAACUACUGGAAUCAGGGCUACGGGAACCAGGGCUACGGCUACGGCGGGCAGCAAGGCUACAGCGGAUAUGGAGGAUACGGAAACUACGACUACUCUGCGGGCUACUACGGGGGUUAUGGGGGUGGAUACGACUACAACCAGGGCAACGCAAAUUACGGCAAAGCUCCAAGACGUGGCAGCCACCAGAAUAACUACAAACCAUACUGAUCGUGUUGUGCAGGUGGUGUCGGAGAGGAACCUGUGACCUGAUCCCAGCCGAUCCCUGGGCUUCAUUCUUUUACUUUUACUGGAUGUAGGCAGAAUCUGGACUUCUGCUCAAUUUUUGUACAGACCACAAGUGAGGAACCGGGGAAAGCAAAUGUCACUUUUCACGUUUUCAUUUUAUACUUUUUUUUUUUUUUUUUUUUUGUCCAUUUUACAUUUCCAGAGAUGGAAGUGUUAUUUUUACUGUACUUUUUGGUACCUUUUUGAAUCUAAUGUAUUGUUAUGGUUGUAUUUUACGUCUCGGCUGCAUUUACCACACACACUUUGCCCUGGCGCUCUCAAAUAAGAGUCAUUUUCAUAAUAAAUUCAUUGAUUUUUUUUUUAUUAUUAUUUUUUUGGUGGUUUUCUUUUGUCCGUGUUCCUAGCUAUUAUUUUCCUCAUGUGCGCUUGUUGCAAAGAUGCUUAGUCUACAGCGAUCAGAAAAGGGAUUGUAAGAUUCUAUUUUUUUUUUUUUUUUUUUACACCCCUGUAUUAGUUUUAGGAGAUCCUCCAUCAUGUUAGUUAAUUUAAGAAAAAAUAAAAUAAAAAAGUGGCUUUUGUAGUGGUAAAAUUAUACCUCAGCACAUACACCUUUAUCUGUAAGAUUCACUGGAAACUCAUUUCUGCAGUGUCCUGGACAAUUUGGUGGAAAUAAACUUGGUUUUUAAGA